AUGCUGGCAAUGACGCCCCAUUGCCGUCCCAUAGGGAACUUUCGGUUGCUCUCCAUGACGGAUCUGGCUGAAUACGCCGACGGUAACUCUGAAUUUCCAAUGCAUGAGUCCUAUUGGGAAACAAGUGGCAUUAACCCGGCAGGUCAGAUGACGGGUAUUACAGCGCUUCAGGUCCAGAUCUUUCUGUUCAUCACUUCGUGGGAUAAAGACUGGACCAAGACAUUAGAUGCGUUGAGUGCCGUGCCAAACUCGAUCGAGACCGACAGCGAGCUGGAAGAAUUGAUGUACGACCCUCAACUGACGAAAACGAAAACCUACUUCAAAGCCCUGCAGAUUCUGCGAAUAUUCUCGGAUAUUAUCGAGGAAGCAGACAUUCAGGUGGAGUCGUUGUCACCUCACCGGAUUCCUUCUAUACAAGGUUCACGGGGACAAUGGGCUUUUCAGAGAGAAAACCUUGUCCUCAACUACAAUUGGACCAUAGUAAAGUCAUUUCACAAAAAAGCAUCAACGAAGCACCUUACCCGAAUCUCCGCAUUGAAGAAGGAAAUUGAGAGUCUCAGGGAUGGUCUAUUCAAUGCGCAGUCGGUCAAAGAAGCUCAGAAAAGCAGGGAGUUGAAUAAGAUUAUGAUGGUGUUUACAAUCGUAACCAUCUUGUUUCUUCCCCCAUCUUUCGUGGCCGUGAGUUAUCCCAUCAGACAUAUUGAAGCUUGA